AUGCCUUCCGUCAAAGCACUCCGGUUUCAUGGCCCUCAAGAUAUAAGGGUGGAUCAGAUUGAAGAGCCUGUCUGCGGGAAGGGCCAAGUGAAGCUGCGAAACACCUACUGCGGAAUCUGCGGUAGCGACCUCCACGAGUACACCGCUGGACCCGUCCUGAUCCCGAAAGGAGCACACCACAUUACCAAAGCUACAGCGCCGGUUGUUAUGGGCCAUGAGUUCGGUGGGAUUAUUGAAGAAGUGGGAGAAGGCGUAACAAACCUCAAGCCGGGACAGAAGGCCGUUGUGCGCCCGACAAUCUUCGACCGAAAAUGCCCUCCCUGCAAACUCGGCUACGAGUACUGCUGCGAUAACAUUGGCUUUGUCGGACUAUCUGGAUACGGUGGUGGUUUCGCCGAGAAGAUUGUCGCACCCGCAGAACAUUUCUACCCUAUUCCUGACAAUGUUGCCCCCGAAUCUAUUGCUCUGAUUGAACCGCUGGCGGUCGCAUGGCACGCUGUCAACCUAUCUCCAUUCAAGGAAGGCGACAACGUCCUGGUUGUCGGAGGCGGACCUUUAGGUCUCUCUAUCUUGCAAGUCCUGAAGAUGCGAGGCGCCAAUUUCACUAUCGUCGCAGAACUGACGGAGACCCGCAAGAAGUCCGCAAAAUACUUUGGCGCCACGCAUAUCCUCGACCCUAGGGAAGUCGACAUCCCACAAAACGUGCGCGGAUUGACCGAUGGCAUCGGCGCAGAUGUUGUCUUUGAUACGGCCGGCGUGGAAAAGGCACUCGAUGGAGCCAUUGGUGCUUGCCGCGUCCAUGGCACAGUUGUCAACGUCGCGGUGUGGGAGAAGAAGCCGCAGAUCAAGGUCAACGAGAUGAUGUAUCAUGAAGUCAAGUAUCUCGGCUCAGCACUCUACGACGAGCAGUCGUUCAGGGAUACUAUCGACGCCAUCUCCAAGGGUCUCCUGAAACCGGAGCCCAUGAUUACGGAUAAGAUUAAGCUGGAAGAUGUGGUGGAGAAGGGAUUCAAGACGCUUCUGCAGGACAGAGACACGCACUGCAAGAUCCUGGUUGAUCCACAGGCAUGA